GAGGCCGCUAGACGAGGCGGAGACGACGGUCGUCUUCGAGAAGCUCCUGAGUUCACCGGCAACAACCUGAAGAACAUCGUCGAGAGCCCCGCCCACGAGGGUCUGUACCCGAACCCCGGCCGCUACUGCUUCCGCCUCGAGAAGAACCGGGUCUACUACGUCAGCGAGGCCCUAGUGAAGCGCGCCACCAACAUCAGCCGGAAGAACCUCGUCGCGAUGGGCACCUGCGUCGGCCGGUUCACCCACGGCGGCAAGUUCACCUCACCGUCCAGUGCCUGGGCCUGCUGGCGGCGAACGCCAAGCACAAGGUGUGGCUGA